GGGUGACCCAACCCGAAGAGGACGGCCUGGGUCCCGAGUGCCGCUCCCGAGCUGAGUGUCUGCAGCAGCCAAGAAGCCCCACAGCCUGCGGCCCCAUGGAGAAGAGUCUUGCUGUACCCCAGGAGCGCCGGGACUGUGUGCACAGUCUGAGGAUGAGGAGCAAAUAUGCCCUUUUCUUGGCUUUCGUGGUGGUAGUUUUUGUCUUCAUUGAAAAGGAGAACAAAAUCAUAUCGAGGGUCUCAGACAAGCUGAAGCAGAUCCCCCAGUCCCUGGCAGAUGCGAACAGCACCGACCCAGUCCUGAUCCUGGCCGACAACGCCUCCCUCAUGUCCCUGAGCGAGCUUGAUUCCGCCUUCUCCCAGAUGCAAAGCCGCCUGCACAACCUCAGCCUGCAGCUGGGGAUGGAGCCCGAGGGAGAGGCGCAGGCGCCGGCACAGGAGGAGGCGCAGUCCCAGCCGGCCUCGACCCCGCCCGGGCAGCGCCGCCACGUGUUGCUCAUGGCCACCACCCGCACGGGCUCCUCGUUCGUGGGCGAGUUCUUCAACCAGCAGGGCAACAUCUUCUACCUCUUCGAGCCGCUGUGGCACAUCGAGCGCACGGUGUCCUUCGAGCAGGGCCGCGCCAGCGCGGCGGCCUCGGCCCUGGUGUACCGGGACGUGCUGCAGCAGCUGUUCCUGUGCGACCUGUACGUGCUCGAGCCCUUCAUCAACCCGCCGCCCGAGGCCCACCUGACCCCGUUCAUGUUCCGCCGGGGCUCCAGCCGCUCGCUGUGCGAGGACCCGGUGUGCACGCCCUUUGUCAAGAAGGUCUUCGAGAAGUACCACUGCAGGGACCGCCGCUGCGGGCCCCUCAACGUGACACUGGCGGCGGAGGCCUGUCGCCGCAAGGACCACAUGGCCCUCAAGGCCGUGCGCAUGCGGCAGCUGGAAUUCCUGCAGCCGCUGGCCGAGGACCCCCGGCUGGACCUGCGCGUCAUCCAGCUGGUGCGCGACCCCCGCGCCGUGCUGGCCUCGCGCAUGGUGGCCUUCGCCGGCAAGUACGAGACCUGGAAGAAGUGGCUGGAGGAGGGGCAGGACCAGCUGCAGGAGGAGGAGGUGCAGCGGCUGCGGGCCAACUGCGAGAGCAUCCGCCUGUCGGCCGAGCUGGGCCUGCGGCAGCCCGCCUGGCUCCGCGGCCGCUACAUGCUGGUGCGCUACGAGGACGUGGCGCGCAAACCGCUGCAGAAGGCGCGCGAGAUGUACCGCUUCGCCGGCAUCCCCCUGACCCCGCAGGUGGAGGACUGGAUCCAGAAGAACACCCAGGCGGCCCGCGACGGCAGUGGCAUCUACUCCACGCAGAAGAACUCGUCCGAGCAGUUCGAGAAGUGGCGCUUCAGCAUCCCCUUCAAGCUGGCGCAGGUGGUGCAGGCUGCCUGCGCGCCCACCAUGCACCUCUUCGGCUACAAGCUGGCCGGGGACGCCGCCUCCCUCACCAACCGUUCCCUCAGCCUGUUGGAGGAGCGGGGCACCUUCUGGGUCACGUAGGGAGCCUGUGCCCCUCCUUGUGAAAGGCCCGCCCCGCCUUCCUUGCGCCCAGGCCAGCAGGAGACGCAGCCCCGGCAGAGGACAGUGGGUGGUAGUAGCUGCCCCAAGAGCAGGCAGUCAGCCCCUCCUGCAGCCUUAGGCUCCCAGACGCCAGCUUCCCUGGGCAGCGUGGGCCCUGGGGUUUCUUGCUGACCAGGGGCCCUGUCCCGUUGAGGGCCACCCUGAUCUAAGGGCCUCUAGUUUCCCCAGCAGGAUCAGACAGGCUCUGGCCCAUGACAAGCCGCAUCCUGCUCUCUCUCUCUCUCUCUCUCUCUGUCUUUCUCUGUUACACUCACACUCACACACACACACACACUCACACACACACACACCAGUGCCUGGAGGCUCUGCAGGCUGCAGUCCAAGUACUUAACAACCAGAAGGGGCCUAG